AUGAGGCCAACGUACCCAGGCAAGGGUAUUAUGUUCGUGCGGAACGACAGCAAGACAUUCCGUUUCUGCCGGAGCAAAUGCCACAAGAACUUUAAGAUGAAGCGCAACCCGCGCAAGCUCAAGUGGACCAAGGCCUUCCGCAAGGCCUCGGGCAAGGAGAUGGUUGUCGACUCGACUCUGCUGUUCGCCGCCCGCCGCAACGUUCCCGUCCGCUACAACCGCGAGCUCGCCGCCAAGACUCUGGCCGCCAUGGACCAGAUUGCCGAAAUCCGCGCCCGCCGCGAGCGCCACUUCUACAAGCGCCGCAUGGCCGGCAACCGCAAGCGCGAGCUCCUGGCGGCGCGCAAGCUGGUGGCCGAGCACGGCCAUCUGCUUAUGCCGCGGCCGCAGCGACCCCUGCACCCCAAGCUGCGCGCGGCGGCAGAGGCCAAGAAGCUGGCGGCGCUGCGGGAGGCAGGAGUGGACGUGGACGUGGAGCUCGAGGACCUGGAGGUGGACACGACCGACGGCGUCAAGAGCAAGACGGCGGCACGGAGAGUGGUGCGGCAACGCAUCACGGCCGAUGGACGGGUGGAGCUGGCCGAGGAAGACGUCGGCAACUCGUCGGCGCUGGUCGACGAGGAUGCUGGCGACGACGACUUCGACGAGGACGACGACGAGAUGGACAUGGACUAA